AUGUUUUUCGCUGCUGUAAAAUCUCUACUUUUCAUUACUAAAUUACUACCCGUAAAUCAUCGUACAUAUAGUCUAUAUAUCAGGCAGCACUACGGGGAUUUUGCUUCAAAUCUUGCUUUCCACUACGUCAAAUCGCAACUCAAACUCAACAAACUCAAAUGUGAUUUGAAAUUUCUCAAACAAUGUAAAGGGGAAAAUCUUCUUCCCACGUUUGUAUGUUUCCAUUACGCGAAAUCAUACAGCCGCCACGAACCGAUUAUUACCAAUUGUUACCAUCAAAUCCUGAAGAAUGAAAUCAACAAAAAGAAGAAGGAACUAACUGAUGCUUAUCGUCGAUCGGCCCGUCUCAAAGCGGACCUUUCGAUAAAUAUAAAUUUCUUAAUUUUCUCUCGUGUUCUUAGAAUCGCUAAUGAACGGAUUGCACUCAAAAUCGAAGAAUGGACACUUGCACACCAAGGGAAACUUGAUCUCGCCCGAACCCGUGCACAAAAACGAAAUCAACUACAAACGACUCGGGAUCGAAUGAGACACACAACUGAUCGGCGUCCACCACCAACGCCAUACAACAUCCAACCUAUCAAGAACUUGUCCAGAAAACAACUAAGCGAAGAGGAAACUCUGGCAUUAUCCAAUGGGCUAGACUAUGUCUAUCCAAACAGGAAAAUCAAUAUGCCUUCCUUUAUAUCUAAUAUUGAAACUUGCUUUGUUAAUGUUUUAGGUCAUUGCACCAACAGACCUGACUACGAAGAAAGAGACGCAGAUGAAACCACCAUCUAUAACUUAACACCAACCCAACUUCAAGCAGCUACUAAGCUUCGGAAAAUUUGCGACAAAUUUUGUUCUGAUUCUUCUAGGCAAACUACAGAUAGGAACGCCAACAAAAUGCUCAACGUCAUCCGCAAUCUUCGAAAAGACAAGUCCAUUCACAUCACAAAACCCGACAAGGGCCGAGGAGUCGUCAUUUUGGACCAUUCAGACUACAUAUCUAAAAUGAAUGAACUUGUAAAUGACACUACCACUUUUCGCCUCGUCGAUAUAGAUCCUACAAUCAAGGAAGAAGCUAAACUCCAUCGAAAACUCCUUGCAUUGAAGGCCUCGGGUUUCCUGUCCAAUGAAGAAUAUGGCAUGUGUCGUAGGGUUGGUUCGCAACCAGCCCGCUUAUAUGGCCUACCAAAGACCCACAAAGACGGCGUUCCAUUGCGUCCUAUCCUGUCCGCCACUGGUACCUUUAACUACGGAGUCGCCAAAAUGCUCGUCAACCGCCUGACUCACCUCCGGUUGCACCACACAGUAAUAUCUGACACUUUUUCUUUUGUAGAUCAACUCCAUAGGCUCACCAUCGACAUGUCAAAACACAAAAUAGUAUCGUUCGACGUGACCAGCUUAUUCACCAACGUUCCGCUAGACUAUACAAUUGAUCUCAUCGUCGAACAAGUAUACGGGAACAUCUGCGGAUGUGCCAACAACAACCGUGGCAAACAUAGAACAACUGACCAAUGUAAGAACUGUGUGAACAAAAGCAACUUAAAAUGGCUUCUCGAUAUUGCCACAAAAGGUACGCAUUUUUCGUUCAAUGGAAAGAAUUAUGUUCAACAUAAUGGAGUCGCCAUGGGUAGCCCUCUUGGGCCAUUGCUAGCGGAUAUUUUUCUCGUUCAUUUAGAAAAACAACUCAUGGACGAUCUCAAUCAAAAUGGUCUCGUUUUUUGGCGACGCUAUGUGGACGACACGUUUGCAAUCAUCGCUGAGAACACCAAUCCGCAGGCCUUGCUCACCAUUCUUAAUUCUUUUCACUCAUCAAUUCAGUUCACUAUGGAAUCCGAAUUGUCUGGUUCGUUGUCUUUUCUAGAUAUAAACAUCAAACGCUUAUCAACACCUACACCCAGUACACACUCUUUCUUUGAAACCACUGUAUACAGAAAGCCAACGUUUACCGGCCUUCUAACGAAGUUUACAUCUUUUAUACCUAUACAAUACAAAAAGAGCGUGAUCUCGUCUAUGGUAUACCGGGCCAUUAGAAUUUGCUCUUCCUAUCCACUCAUGGAUAAGGAAUUUACAAUCAUCACCUCAAUUGCGUUGGCAAAUGGAUACCCAGUUAAGUUCAUUGAACAACAAAUCUGCACCACACUCAAUAAUCAUUUCUCUAAAAGGACACGUAAACUACCAGGCAACUCGACAACAGCAACAUCUACAAGCGCUCAACCACCAACCGCUGAACUCAUCAAGAAAAAUGUCUUACUCGUCGAUAUUCCUUUUGUAGGUAGACCUUCUUUCGUUUUAGGGAAAAAACUAAUCAAUUUCGUCAAACAAACCCGCCCGGACAUAAAACUCCAACCAAUUCCACGACCUCCCCUUUCAGUCCAACAGCAGCUACCUCGAAAGGAUCCGAUUCAAAAAGAUCUCCAGUCACAUUUGGUCUACGAAAUACAUUGCAAGGACUGCGAUGCCAAAUAUAUCGGUAAAACGAUCCGCCAUGCUAUCACCCGUCAUACCGAACAUGGUGCACCAAAACACUCACACCCGUCUCACACAAUAACUGCUGUUCCUCUUCCGGUGCCGAAUGAUCUGAGACGGUCUAACGCGUCGCCAACCUGUGAUACGUCACCAAAACAUAGAUCUUCAAUCUUCGAACACCAACGACAAACAAACCACACUAUCGAUUGGCCGAAUUGGAAGAUAAUUGACAAGGACCCGCAUGGUUACAAACUAAAAAUACGGGAAUCAUUGGCCAUCCAACAACAUCAACCUUCACUCAAUCGAACCACUUCUUCAACUCCGUUGAUUAUCUAUCCGGAGGGUCUCAGGAAUUCGCGCGUGGUCGGGCGUCGUCAAACCAUGCUCAUCCUUGGCUACGCCGCUAAACUAAACAAUAGUUUUGCCGCUUCUUGUUUUGCAUCCUCUGGUGUAAAUUGA